UGUCAAAUAAAACAGCUGAUUAAUUUGUAUACUUUCCUACGAAAUGAAACUGUAGAGUUGUUGUAUGUAUACACUUUUCGGUGUGACGCAAAUACUCAGUGGCAAAAUGGCAGGCGUUAUUGCUCGCUGUAUUCAGUUUCCAAAGAGACAAUUAGGUCUUUUUGGAUCUGUAUUGAAUUCUCAGCAGACGAGGACUUAUGCGGAUGCAGCUUCAGAAGGGAAGAAAUUUGGAAGUCCUCUUAAUGAUCAAGAUAGAAUAUUCACCAACUUAUAUGGCCGACAUGACUGGAGGUUGAAGGGUGCAUUAAAGCGAGGCGAUUGGUUUAAAACUAAAGAAAUUCUUGAUAAAGGAGCAGACUGGAUUAUCAAUGAAAUCAAAGUAUCUGGUUUACGGGGUCGUGGCGGAGCUGGUUUUCCUUCAGGAAUGAAAUGGUCUUUCAUGAAUAAACCAUCAGACGGUAGACCAAAAUAUUUAGUAAUAAAUGCUGAUGAAGGAGAGCCUGGAACCUGUAAAGAUCGUGAAAUUUUACGUCAUGAUCCACACAAGCUUGUGGAAGGUUGUUUAAUCGCAGGUCGAGCUAUGGGAGCAUGUGCUGCGUAUAUCUAUAUCCGAGGAGAAUUUUAUAAUGAAGCAUCAAAUAUGCAAGUAGCUAUAGCCGAAGCUUAUCAAGCUGGAUUAAUUGGAAAAAAUGCUUGCGGAAGUGGAUAUGAUUUUGAUAUUUUCGUUCAACGUGGUGCUGGUGCUUACAUUUGUGGUGAAGAAACAGCGUUGAUUGAAUCUAUUGAAGGAAAACAAGGAAAACCAAGACUAAAGCCUCCUUUCCCAGCUGAUGUAGGUCUUUUUGGAUGUCCUACGACUGUUACAAAUGUUGAGACCGUUGCCGUAGCACCCACAAUCUGUCGCCGUGGAGGAACAUGGUUUGCAUCAUUCGGUCGACCACGAAACCAUGGAACUAAGCUAUUUAAUAUCUCAGGACACGUUAAUAAUCCUUGUACAGUAGAGGAAGAGAUGUCCAUACCAUUGAAGGAGCUAAUUGAAAGGCAUGCAGGUGGUGUCAUUGGUGGCUGGGAUAAUUUAUUAGGUGUUAUUCCCGGUGGAUCAUCAACUCCUAUCAUUCCAAAGAGUGUUUGCGAUACUGUCCUCAUGGAUUUUGAUGACCUUGUCCGUGUCCAAAGCUCAUUCGGCACCGCAGCUGUGAUUGUAAUGAAUAAACAGACAGAUGUAAUUAAGGCAAUUGCACGGCUCAUUAGUUUCUACAAGCAUGAGUCGUGUGGUCAAUGCACUCCUUGCCGCGAGGGAAUUUCCUGGAUGUACAAAAUAAUGAAUCGAUUUGUCGAGGGUAACGCGGAGGAAAGCGAAAUUGAUAUGCUUUGGGAACUAACAAAACAAAUUGAAUUACAUACGAUUUGUGCUUUGGCUGACGGUGCUGCUUGGCCAGUUCAAGGUCUUAUCAGACACUUCAGACCAGUUAUUGAAGAAAGAAUACAGAAUUUCAAACAAAGAGCCACUAAUUAAAGAGUAAACUAAAUAAUAGAAUAUGUAUUUAUAAUCAAUAUUAAGUUUCUUGCUCUGAUUGUAGUAAUUUAAGUAUUAACAGAGUAAAUAUCAAUAAUAAAAUAAAGUUUUAUUUAAUUUUUAUAAAAAUUAUUAGAAAGUUUUAAUUACAAAGUUCUCCAUGAAUAAUGA